CACACUCGGCAGCCCGAGCCGCGGCAGCCGCAGCGGGAUGGAGGCGGCGCGCACGGAGCGCCCCGCAGGCUGGCCCCGGGCGCCCUUCGCCCGGACCGGGCUCCUGCUCCUGUCGACGUGGGUCCUGGCCGGCGCUGAGAUCACUUGGGACGCAACGGGCGGUCCUGGGCGCCUCGCGGCUCUGGCUUCGCGGUCCCCGGCGCUGCCUCCUCUCUCGCUGCGGGCAGUGGCAAGCCAGUGGCCGGAGGAGCUGGCGAGUGUACGGAGAGGCGCCGCACUGGGGCGCCGGCCGGGACCAGAGCCACUGCCCCAGCCAGGCGGAGGCAGCGGCAGAAAGAAGCAGGGAGAAGCCGGAGGGCUGUUGCCGGCAGGCGCGCAGUGGGGACGGGGCAUCUCGGCUCCUGGCAAGCCUGGCGGUACAAGGAGGAGUCGCCGGGCGCAGUCCCCCAGUGCCCUGGAACGCGGAGACACCCAGGCUACUGUCUUAGCCGAUGGUUCCAAAGGAAGCCGGUCUCUGGCCAAGGGUCUCCGGGAGGAGGUGAAGGCACCACGGGCCGGGGGGUCGGCGGCCGAAGAGCUCCGGCUACCCAGCACCUCGUUCGCGCUGACCGGGGACUCGGCCCACAACCAAGCCAUGGUGCACUGGUCGGGACACAACAGCAGCGUUAUACUUAUCCUGACGAAGCUGUAUGACUUCAACCUGGGAAGCGUGACAGAGAGCUCACUUUGGAGAUCAACGGAUUACGGCGCCACCUAUGAAAAGCUCAAUGACAAAGUGGGCUUGAAGACUGUCCUCAGUUACCUCUACGUCAAUCCCACCAACAAAAGGAAGAUCAUGCUUCUUAGUGAUCCUGAGAUGGAGAGCAGCCUACUGAUCAGCUCAGAUGAAGGGGCCACCUAUCAGAAAUACCGGCUCACCUUCUAUAUCCAGAGUCUGCUCUUUCACCCCAAGCAAGAGGACUGGGUGCUGGCCUACAGUCUGGAUCAAAAGCUCUACAGCUCCAUGGACUUCGGGAGACGGUGGCAACUCAUGCAUGAACGCAUCACACCCAACAGGUUUUACUGGUCGGUGUCCGGAUUGGAUAAAGAGGCGGACUUGGUGCACAUGGAAGUGCGGACAGCUGAUGGAUAUGCUCACUACCUCACCUGCAGGAUCCAGGAAUGUGCUGAGACUACUCGGAGCGGGCCUUUUGCCCGCUCCAUUGACAUCAGUUCCCUGGUCGUCCAGGAUGAAUAUAUCUUCAUUCAGGUAACAACUGGUGGAAGAGCCAGCUACUACGUGUCUUACCGAAGAGAAGCCUUCACUCAGAUAAAGCUGCCCAAGUACUCGCUGCCCAAGGACAUGCACAUCAUUAGUACCAAUGAGAACCAAGUGUUCGCAGCUGUCCAGGAAUGGAACCAGAAUGACACGUACAACCUCUACAUCUCAGACACACGUGGGAUCUACUUCACCCUGGCCAUGGAGAACAUCAAGAGCAGCAGAGGUCUGAUGGGAAACAUCAUUAUUGAAUUGUAUGAGGUAGCAGGUAUCAAAGGGAUAUUCCUGGCAAACAAGAAGGUGGAUGACCAAGUGAAGACCUACAUCACUUACAACAAGGGCAGGGAUUGGCGCCUCCUGCAAGCUCCAGACGUGGACCUGAGAGGAAGCCCAGUACACUGCCUGCUGCCCUUCUGCUCCCUGCAUCUACACUUGCAGAUCUCUGAAAAUCCAUAUUCCUCAGGGAGAAUCUCCAGCAAGGAGACGGCUCCAGGGCUCGUGGUGGCCACAGGCAACAUUGGCGCAGAGCUCUCAUAUACUGAUAUCAACGUGUUCAUCUCUUCCGAUGGGGGCAACACGUGGAGACAGAUCUUUGAUGAAGAGUACAAUGUCUGGUUCCUAGACUGGGGUGGCGUCCUCGUGGCCAUGAAACACACACCUCUGCCAGUCAGGCAUUUGUGGGUGAGUUUUGACGAGGGCCACUCCUGGAACAAGUACGGUUUCACUUCGGUUCCUCUUUUUGUGGAUGGAGCUCUGGUGGAGGCAGGCAUGGAGACCCAAAUUAUGACAGUUUUUGGCCACUUCAGCCUCCACUCGGAAUGGCAGUUGGUGAAGGUGGACUACAGAUCUAUCUUCAGCCGGCGCUGCAGCAGAGAGGAUUAUGAGACCUGGCGCCUGCUCAAUCAGGGGGAGCCUUGCAUCAUGGGAGAAAGGAAAAUAUUCCAGAAACGCAAGCCAGGAGCUCAGUGUGCCCUGGGCCAAGACUCCUCAGGGACGGUGGUCUCAGAACCCUGUGUCUGUGCCGACUGGGACUUUGAAUGUGACUAUGGCUAUGAGAGACAUGGAGAAAGCCAGUGUGUCCCAGCUUUCUGGUACAAUCCAGCAUCCCCGUCAAAGGACUGCAGCCUUGGUCAAAGCUACCUUAACAGCACUGGGUACCGGCGGAUCGUGUCCAACAACUGCACAGACGGACUGAGGGAGAAGUACACCGCCAAGGCCCAGAUAUGCCCCGGAAAAGCCCCUCACGGCCUCCACGUGGUGACGACCGAUGGGCGCCUGGUGGCAGAGCAGGGGCACAAUGCGACCUUCAUCAUCCUCAUGGAGGAGGGUGAUCUCCAAAGGACAAACAUCCAGCUUGACUUUGGGGAUGGGAUUGCAGUGUCCUAUGCUAACUUCAGUCCCAUCGAGGACGGCAUCAAACACGUGUACAAGAGUGCGGGGAUCUUCCAGGUGACGGCCCACGCGGAGAACAACCUGGGCUCAGACACAGCUGUCCUCUUCCUGCACGUGGUUUGUCCCGUGGAGCAUGUUCAUCUCCGAGUUCCAUUUGUUGCCAUAAGAAACAAGGAGGUCAACAUCAGUGCCGUUGUGUGGCCCAGCCAGCUGGGGACCCUGACCUAUUUCUGGUGGUUCGGCAAUAGUACAAAGCCCCUCAUCACCUUAGACAGCAGCAUUUCCUUCACAUUCCUAGCAGAGGGAACCAAUACCAUCACUGUCCAGGUGGCUGCUGGGAAUGCCCUCAUCCAGGACACAAAAGAUAUCGCAGUUCACGAAUACUUUCAGUCCCAACUCUUAUCAUUCUCUCCUAAUCUGGAUUACCACAAUCCUGACAUUCCGGAGUGGAGGCAAGAUAUUGCCAAUGUGAUCAAGCGGGCUCUGGUGAAAGUAACCAGCAUCCCAGAAGAGCAGAUCCUAGUUGCCGUGUUCCCUGGCCUCCCCACUUCCGCAGAGCUCUUCAUCCUUCCCCCCAAGAACUUGACAGAGAGGAGGAAAGGCAAUGAAGGCGACCUGGAACAAAUUGUAGAGACACUGUUUAACGCUCUAAACCAAAAUUUAGUCCAGUUUGAGCUGAAGCCAGGGAUUCAAGUCAUUGUGUAUGUCACGCAGCUGACUUUAGCUCCACUGGUGGACUCCAGUGCUGGGCACAGCAGCUCAGCCAUGCUUAUGCUCUUGUCAGUGGUGUUUGUCGGCCUGGCUGUGUUUUUGAUCUACAAAUUUAAAAGGAAAAUCCCCUGGAUUAACAUCUAUGCUCAAGUCCAACACGAAAAGGAGCAGGAGAUGAUUGGGUCAGUGAGCCAAAGUGAAAACGCCCCCAAAAUCACACUCAGUGACUUCACCGAGCCCGAGGAGCUGCUGGACAAAGAGCUGGACACCCGGGUCAUAGGAGGCAUUGCCACCAUUGCAAACAGCGAAAGCACAAAGGAGAUCCCCAACUGCACUAGUGUUUAAUACCAACAAGCCACGUGGUCAACCAUCUUUCUGACUUUUUAUUUCUGAUGGUUCCUAUUACACUUAUUAUGGAAAAAUGAAAAUGUCUUUUUUACCUUUUGUUUACCAAGGGCCCCUUCAUAAACAGCAGGCAGACGCUUCGCUUUGGGAGGCGAAGGCAUUCGUAACUGAUUAAAAUGAGACACAAAGGAUAAAUGGCUGUAUUUGUGCUAAGGGCAAAGGAUGCAUCUUCCCAUGGCUUUCUUGCUUCAUUCUGCCAUUGAUAGCGCGAGGAAUCUUGUUUUCCUUGCGGUCUGUCUUUCUUUUUAUUUUUUAAGUUGGGUUGGCUUUCCACUAACCUCCCAUCCUCCCCCCGACACAAGCCCAAAUCACCAGUACCCGCCUCCUCCCUCCCAGCACGCACCUAAAACGUAAACCAUUUCCCAGUUAGGUCUGCAGGAGGAAGGUUGGUGGGGAGUGAGCGUAGCUGCAGGAAGCGUGCACACCUGUCGGAAGAGGCCCUGCCCCGUGCAUGUCCAUUGCAAGCUGCAGAUGGCUUAUUGUAUAUAGUUACAAUGUAAGUAGCUCUUUAUUUCCUGAGAAAUAAUUUAAUGUUUAGUAAAAAAGAAAACAGAAAAAAGAAAGAUGCGUCUGUUGGCUUAUGCACUCACCUUCAGAGCUGACCCACCCCCAGGCCUGCUUGACGCUGGGUUCUGGAUGCUCUCCAGUUGUCUGUCACACUUAACUCUUGCAUCUCUGUGUCCCUGCCAUCGCUGGUUUCUAUUUCUGUAUAUAAAGGGGGGAGGGGGAAGGGCUUCUUUGAAACGCCUAGCAAAGGAAGGACGAGAGAGACAUCAUAGAACCUGGGUGUUUUUUUUGUCCCAUCAGUGAUGUGAAAGAAGUUGCCAGAGGAAGCCCACUACAGACUUCUAACUGAAACCCAUAUGGGGAAACAAGGCUUCCCCUCCAAAAGGAUGAGGUUGAGGAUAGCUAUCGGCCUGAGGUUUUCUCUAAAGAAGCCAGGCAGUGGAUCUAAAAAGAUGACGUUCUGUUUUCCGGUUGGAUUCCAUGGAAUUGAAUAAUGCUUAUGGGGAAUUCUCUGGCUCUUCUUACCCCAGAAAAGUCCCUUGGGCACUAGGUUAAGCCCAGUGAGUGCCUCAGCCUGGGAGAAGUUAGAGGUGGGAGGGAGUUGGCCUUCGUGGGAUCCUGUGACCCUGCAGGCCCCAGAGGGGUGUAACCUCUAACGAUCUUAGUCAAAGUUGAUUCUCGCAGAGCUGUGCCGCUUGCUCGUCAGAUGUACACAAGUACACAACUUCCUUAAAGUCAGAUGUCUACCUUCAGUUCCCUGAAGGCAGUUCUAGCAUCUGGGGCGAGUGACUUUCAAAGCCAGUGUUCUCUUUUCCUGCACCCCAGCCCGUUCACACGGUUCAUGUGUCAGUUCUUUUUAGGAGGGUCACUUUAAGCCAUGCUGUAAGCAUUGUUUUCUU